AUGGGAUCAACUGAAGAUGAAAGACCAUCGAAACGUGCCCGCCAGGCUUGCGAGCCAUGUCGCCGGAAAAAGUCGCGUUGCCCAGGGGAGAAACCGGCUUGCUCGUACUGCGAGCGACUAGGCCAACAAAUCAAUGGCCUAGUGUCUCUGAGCAAUUUGGAAACCGAGCGUGAUGAGCGCAAGCUCUGCCACGUAAGCCUCAUCAUGCUUAAGAACCUUCACGGGUCCCUGCAUCCACCCAAAGACAGCCUGGACUUACUUGCAGAGCCUGGUGAAAUCGUCUCUCCGUUGGGAGCCAUGGUUUUCAACAAAGAGAUUACCCGUGGUACCAGCAGUGACUCUAAGCCAGAUAUUGGCAUCAAUGGUAGCAGUGUUUACACAAGCGAGCUGUGGGCGAUGGCAUGUAAUUAUGCCGCUAGCCAUGUCGGCGUUGACGCUCAUCCCCCUUGGUCUCCAAAUUCCGAUUAUGCAAUCAUCACUUUCCGUCACUGUGAGCACGAGAGUCUCAUGCCACUGAGGUUCCGACUCCAUGCAAGUCGCUUCCAAGACUAUCCCCCCGCCGAACUUCAGGCUCAUCGUGACUAUUGGAGCCCAUGGCUAUUCUUCCAGUUGGUUUGGCAUGCGGUGCCUUGUUUAUUGAACCAUCCCUUUCUGUUAUCUAUGCGACUUCGGAAUUUCCGGAGGACAAUGCCUCAGUCAUUCCUCCGUAAUUCUUUCGAGCAGUUAACCUUCCACUCGGGCUGGGUAGUCCAUUUUCUCGAGCUUAUUGAGAUGAAGAACUUCGAGGUAUCUGACCCGACCAUAGGACAAUGCGUGGCAAUAGUUGCUACGAUCUAUCUUCAACAUAGUUUUGUCGAGGACCAAGCUUUCAACAGAAAGGCGCAAUCUGGAUUUGAGAAAUGUCUUAGAUUCCUACGCAACAUGGGUUGUCGAUGGCCACACAUCGAUCGCCAGCUCCGACAACUGCAACAACUCCGGGACAGCGUUUCCCCUGGAGGCCUUAUGACAGACAACAUAGCCCCAGGAAGAUCGAAUUCUCGCCAGAAGUGGUCUGUGAAUUUGCAGCUAUUGUGGAAGAUCUUAGUAUAUUCCCAUGCAAGCAAUCUAACCGAUCCUGCUAGCGACAUCUUCGGCCCAGAACUUGCUAAAGACAGCGUUGGAUGCUCAGGGGACCCUUCGGCUGGCGAUAUCACCGAACGCGAUUUCGCUUUGAUUGGAUCCGCUGGGAUCUCCGGCCACAAGACAGUGGCCCCCGAGUGUGUCACCUACCCACCUGAGCAGACCGAGGAUCCCAUAAAGACGCCGAGUCAGAUCUCACCGAGGAUGGAAUACCCAGGACUUCCGGGAGAUCCUAAUAUGGAAUUUAGCGGUGGUGACACGUUGUUCCUGCAGCUUCAAGAUUAUGAGAGGGCCUUUGAGGAUUGGCUAAGCGUUAACCCAACGUGA